AUGUUUUGUGAACUACAAUAUGCCUAUGCGCAGGAAGUAUUAACUGAAGGUAUAAUAUUACCAGAUCCUCAUAAACGAGAGAAUGAAAUUGAAGGAAAUGUUUCACGUAAAAAGGCGAAAACAAGUAUAACUAGUAUUCCAAACACCAGACCAAGAAACGAUAGCGAAAAGUCUUCCUCUUCUGAUGUAGAACCUGAAGAUGACGAAGAAAUAAAUUUCAAUGUUGAAGAGCCAAACACCAGACCAAGAAACGAUAGCGAAAAGUCUUCCUCUUCUGAUGUAGAGCCUGAAGAUGACGAAGAAAUAAAGUUCGACUUUACAGAUAUUGAAGAGGAGUUGCAACGGGAGCCGAUCGAUGAGUGGGAAGUUGGUGCCAUCAACGUAUCACGAAGAUUUAGACAAUAUCAGAUAGAGGUACUUGGGAAGGCGAAGACUAGCGGUUUGAAAUACGAUAACAUUUAUGAAAUCUUCCUUAUCAUCAAUAAUGGUGUUCUGCUGGCCCCCAUGUUUACCAUUCAAGAAUGGGAGGAAAUUACGGCAACUAAUCCAUACAAGAUUCAAGAAUCUCCGCUUUCACGGGAGAUUUUAUCAUCCCUUCGCGAAGCAUAUUGUAACCAUUUUCUUGGUAAUGAUGUCUUCAUGAAUGGUGGUAAUUCAAAACUAAGUAGAACAGUCGCAUGCGCUUUUAAUGAUCUCGUCCCAGAUGUUGCUCCACCAAAGAUGUCCGAGGAUGAGCACUGCUACAUGUUUCUUCAUCCUAUCUCUCGUCCAUUAUUUGCUGGUUCGAGAAAAGAAUAUGAACUAAUGCUGAAUCGUGCCAACACAAGUUCAAAAAAAAGACCAGACCUGUCUUGCACAGUAAAUCGUGUACCGAUUCUAAACUCGGAAUUUAAACCUGUUGGUUGCACACCAUUACAACGUAAGAAAGACGAGCUGAAAGUACAGUUAAAAGCACGAAAAUCGAUAAACCAACAACUACAAAGCAAAGGAGGUCCAGGUGAAGCCGUCAUAUUAUUAAAUAUAG